AUGAAGCCGCAAACAUGCACGAUCCUGAUGGGCCUAAUGGGCCCAAUUCGCCCCGACAAUUCUGUCGUCCCUCAAAUGAGAAUCACCCCUGAGGACAAUCCAUGUCCGACCCGCAUGGAAGUCAGGUCAGAAGAGGGGUUGGAUUGGCUCUUCGUGCAAUAUGCCCCCUUGGUGAACGCUCAGAUGACAAUCUCGGUCCGGGAGGUCCACCAUGCCCAAGAUGAGCAGUGCUUUGAGCGGCCGCGCAGAACUUGGGAAGUCAAUUGCCGGAUCUUUCGGCAGGCGAUUAUGAAAUGGUGGUGGCUGUACGUGAUGAUGGGAUGCUGUGCGACCCCGUUGGAAUUGAAAUAUGACGACACGCGGCAGUUCGGCGAUCAGAACAGAGACUGGGGACAAACUCAAUUCAGCCAGACCCAGGCGGAGGAUUACAGCUCUGACAGGACCAUCUAG